AUGAGCCCACCUUCAAGCUCUAGCAGAAUCCCUCCAGCAGUCCAUGGAUACGAAUACGACCCCGUUCUGAACCGAUUCUUCAAAUGCCCACCAUCAGGCCCGGGUCGAGGUGCCGUGUGUGGAACGACCACAGUCUCUGAUCGUCAAGAUGGACCCCCCCUGCCUCCAACCAAUCUCAAAAGCCCAUCUGUCCGCCGUCCCACAAGGCUAGAAUUUAACCCUGAAACCGAUUGGGCUUCCGCCUCAAAGCGGUCAAGGCACGCAACAACAAUUUCAUAUGGAAAAGCCUGUUCAUCAUCAGUAAAGCCCUCCCAUCUUGCAUUUCCAACGCAGAGAGGUGGUCUGAGCGGCCGUAUCGUUACGGCUGCAGUGUCCAACUUUGAAGAGCACUCGAAUGAAAUAUUAGUGCUUGGAUCAAAUCACAGCGAGGCACUCUUAUGUGACUUUGGAAAACUACUACAUCGUCACCCUUCUUUAGCGUGGGCUCAGGUAGAUUUGUCACCAUGUAUAAUGAGUGGUUCCCCAGAGCCAUUUACCUCAAUCGCUUCUAAUGGGGGUGUGACUUGCUUUGCUGCCACAUCGGGAUGUGUCAUCACAACACCAAAUCCAAUGACAUCAGAUUAUGAAGGCCUUCCAGACUUGAUACAGCGUGCUUCAUUCACGAAUACUACUUGGUCGCUGUGCUUGACUCCGCAAUAUCUUUUGAUGGGCUGUGAGAAAUCUUUGGCCAUUUACGACUAUCAUCGCCAAACUGUUGUUUCCCAAAAUCCGAAAUCGUCUGUGUUUACCAUAGAAAGAAGUGAUGAUUUUAACUUUUUGCUUGGGACUCGAUCAGGGGAUUUAAUCCAGUUUGAUAUACGUUCACCGCACCUUCUCCAUAGGAAUGGAUUACUUCAAGGUCGUUCUAUUUAUCACUUGAAACGCGUCGAUGAUCAUCAAUUCCUAGUAGCUGGGACUAUGGGAUACGCAAAACUUCAUGAUAUUCGGUAUCUAACAUCAGAUCCGACGAUGAGUCUUGACGGCUGGGAUAACGCAUGCGACCAAUCGUUUGGACUCACAGUUUCGAAGGAUAGAAACCUGGUCUGCAUGCCAGGUCGCGACUCAACUAUCAAGGUUUGGGAUUUGAAGUCCCAGCCAGUCUGUGGUUUCGGCUUACAGCCGAUCGCCACACAUACCACUCGUCGCAUUGCAUCAAGUGUGAUGUUCGUUGACGACUUCGAGCCCGAAUUUUGGUUCUUGGACGGGCCGCCAACCUUGAAGCGCAAACGGCCCUGCGGUCCUGGGAUCUUAUUCGGCGAAGAAAAAGCGUUAUACUGGAUCGGACCGCAGGCAGAUUAA